UCUCCCUGACAAGCCUGUGCUGCCCUGACUGAUGCAGCAAGCGAAAAAUCACCUGCUGUGCGAGAGAGAAAUCAGGAAGGAAGAAAUGCUUUCAGACAACAGAUUUACUUCGAUUCAAGGGUCGUUUUCCUGAGACGUUUGGCGUGGCAAUCGGUGGUGCAGGUGCUCCCUGACCUCUUCCAAAAGCCAAGGGAUUGAAAGGGAGACAUGAAGGAGAAGAAGGAAGGCCAGGGGGUGCAGGAGGACUCCAGCAACCAGGUCUCCCUGCUGCUCGAGAGCAGGGCACAGUACAGCCAUGGUGAACAAACCUCUGCCUUGCUGGUGGUGGACAACAAGAGAGUGGCAAAAAAAGUGCGUUUUAAAGAUAUCCAGGAGUGUGAAAGUGCAAUUGUGAAUGACAUCAUGGACAAGAAAAACAGAAAUACUCCAGACCAAAUGAAAAAAACACAGAAAACCAUUCAGAAUACACCUCUCGACCUGAUUGACACAGGGAAGGGGCUGAGAGUACAGACGGACAAGCCACACCUGGUCAGCCUCGGGAGUGGUCGUCUAAGCAUCGCCAUCACAUUGCUUCCACUUGAAGAAGGGAAGACCACAUUUGGCAGCUCGGAUAAUCCCUCACAGGACGUCAGCAUUCAAGGUCCGGGUAUCGCAGCUCAGCAUUGCUAUAUUGAAAACCAAAAUGGAGUUAUAACACUGUACCCAUACGGGAAUCUGUGCGCAAUCGAUGGAGUUCAGGUGAAACAGCCCACGCGCCUAAUCCAAGGGUGCAUGCUCUGCCUUGGGCAAUCAACAUUUUUUCGCUUCAACCAUCCAGCUGAGGCUCACAAAAUGAAGAGCAUGAUGUCCGGGAACCAAAACUCUGCAGUGACCUAUGGCCGUUCUUCAGAUCCCACCAGUCUGGUCAAUGGCAAUCACCAAACUCACCUUAACGAAGCUUCAAACAAUCCGCCAUCAAGAUCCCAAGCCACUCCCAGUUCACUGGUCAGCUCAAUCGAGAAGGAUCUACAAGAUAUCAUGGACUCUUUGGUGAUGGAAGAUGCUACAUCUCCUGGUAAAAAAAAGGCAGCCAAUGCCCAAUCGCCUUUAUCCCCCAUGAUCAAUGGAGGCGAGAGGUACCUUCUGUCACCUCCUAUGAGUCCUGGCACCAUGUCAGUGGGAUCAAGUUAUGACAACAUGUCGCCGCCAUUCUCCCCUCUGUCCUCUCCGUCGCCCGGCAGCAGCAGUAGUUGCACCAGCCAUUCCCCAGGUAGUCAGGAGCAAGGGCCAACAUUGCCCCCAACUGUGCCUAUUAGAUCUUCAAGUUAUAAUCACACUGUGCAGCCUCCAUCCCCUCGGCCAGUGCCAUCCUAUAGUGGCAUGGCGAUUGACCUGACUAAGUGUAAUGGUCUUGGCCCAGGGAUGCAGCGGGUGUCAGAGAGUCCACGUGCUCACAGAAAAGUGCCCAAUGUCCAUGAAACCCCGCCGAGCCCAACCCUUAACCGCAGAGGGUUUCCACUUGAUACCUUGAACUCAGCGAUGCUUAAUGAAACCAGGAAGAUGCCAGAGAGUUCAAAACUAUCACUACAAAGUCACCAUCUACCAUCAGUAUCUGUUAGCCCAAGUGACUUCAGUGGAGGAAGUUCCAGAGUUCAAGUUGUGAAUGUUCCAAGCAGCCCUCGAGCUGCAGCCAAGGUUCACCCACCUUCAAGCCCGAGGACCAAAGGAGCUGUCCUUCAAGAAAGGCCUCCAAGUCCUUUCAGAGAGGCUAAGGAAACUCCCAUUGAUCGAUCCAUCACUUCCAGCCCGUCUCGGCAGAUGUCCCCAAGGGGUUUCCAGCCACUGGAGAGCUUGGGAUAUGUUCAUGUAAAUCAGCCUGUCCAGUUACAACCAAGAAGCCUGCAGCCUCCUGAGAGCCCCAGAAUGGGUAGACGAAGCAUAGAAAGCAUGAGGGAACUGCCUCCAUUAAGUCCUUCCAUGACAAGGAGGUCUGGACCAAUCCCCACAUUCUCCAAUCUACCAAAUUCUCCUCAAGUGAGGACCUCUCGAGAUAUGGUCAUUCACAAUAGUCCCUCCCAUCAGAUGAAGCUGGUCAAGGAAAUGCCAGAAAGCCCUCGAUUUAGACGCAAAUAUUCCUCAGGCUCAUCAGAAAGGAAUGAGGACUUCUUAGUGCAUAGUACCCCCGGGUCAAACACCUUAAGCACUGGAAGAGGAGUCAGGGAUCGCAGCCCAUCCCCAACUUUGCUGUCUGUUGACCAUUCACGGAAAGCCUAUGGGAAUACCUUAACCCCGGCACACAGCUUGUCAUCUUUGUCCAUCUCAACACCACUGCAAAGCCCAAGAAUGCAGAGGAAAAUGGUGGGGGAUGAGAGGAUCCCAGUACCACGACAGCGGAAAAACAGUAUCUCUGAAAUCAGUGACAAUGAGGAUGAACUCCUGGAUUAUCACCGGAGACAGAGGGAGGAACGAAUCCGGGAACAGGAAAUGCAGAUGCUGGAGCGUCAGAGACUUGAAACCAUCCUGAACUUGUGUGCCGAAUACACAAAAACUGAUUCACCCACCAGCCCUGAUAUGGGAAAGGUGGACCAGGCCAGCGAGCAGUUGCAACUCGAAGAGCAGAGACUGUUCCCCAGCUCAGUGGAGCCUGCCCCGACUACAGCCAGCAGAGGAACCUCCAUGGACAGAUGCACCGGAGGUAAAGUCUACAGUGAGCCCAGCCCAGCACAGCCAUUGGAGCCGACCAUGCAGAAACCACGAGACGGUCUGGAGCGAUCGGAUGAGGAGAACCUUAAGGAAGAGUGCAGCAGCACAGAGAGCACACACCAUGAGCAGCAUGAAGAUUCAGCGGGUGGUCAGUCAGCUCAGCAGGUGGCGUACCUGGAGGAGGAGAGGGUGAGAGUUCUCACCAACGUGGAUGAACUGAAGCAAAGAAUCAAGGAGUUGGAUCAACAACUUGAGGAGUCCACACGUGAGGCGGAGAUGGAGCGAGCUCUGCUUCAGGGAGAGCGAGAGUCUGAAGUUGCCCAGAUCCAUCAGGAGCAGGAGAUCAUCAGCCAGUUGGAGGAGAAGCUUUCUGAGCUAGAGCACAACAUACAGAGAGAAAAAGACAAGGAAAGGGUAAAGCUUGAUGCAGAGAAAAAAGAAGUAGAGAGACUGCAAUCGCAUUGCCAUGAGUUGAAGAGCCAGCUUGGUAACUGCCCUGAAUCAAUGAGGGAGCAGUUACAGGAACACCUCAGAAGGGAGGCAGAAGCUCUGGAAUCUGAAGCCAAACUGUUCGAGGACCUGGAGUUUCAGCAGUUGGAGAAGGAGAGUCGUCUGGAGGAGGAGCGGGAGACAGUUAGUCAGCAGCUGCAACAGGAUAAGGCUGAGUACCAGCGCAGCACCAUGCGGAGAAAGGACAAGGUCUCUGCUCUUGAGAACCAAGCUAAUCAAAUCCGUUAUCAGGCGAUUCAGGAGUGUGAGAGACUGAAUAGGGAGAAAAAUGCAAUGAUACAAAUGCUUCAGAAGGAAAAAGACAAACUGGCCAAUCUAGAAAAAGAAUAUUUCAUGGUGACUGGUGGCAAAGCCUUCUCCAAAAGUUCUACAGCAUUGAAAGAGGAAGUUCUUCGUAUCACAGAGCCUAACGACUUAUUAGAAGAGACUAAAUAUCAACAUUGCUUACCAGGAAAAGCAGCUUCUCUAUCCCCCUCUCCUUCCACCCCAUCGUACCCCAAGAUACAGGAGGAAUAUAUGAAGCUGGCUGACGUGUUUAAGUUCUACAGUGACAUAUAUGGCACAGGCACUGAUGCUGCAUUCUCUGCUUCUCCGCUGCGUUCUCUGCCGCUUACUGUACCUCCAUCAGUCCAUGAGGUCUACCGAUCCAAAAUGGAGAGUGAUGGUUGUGGCACACUACCUCGGACAAAGACGGGGUCUGCCCCCCCCUCACCAUUCACUGCCUCAACACUCGGACGAAAUCUUACUUCCAAGAAUGUUGCACUGGCACAGAAUGGCACCAGCAGCUUACCACGGAACCUGGCUGCAACCCUUCAAGACAUCGAAGCCAAGCGCCAGCUGGCGUUGCAGCAGAAAGGCCAUCAGGUGAUUGAAGAGCAAAAGCGGCGAUUGGCAGAGCUGAAGCAAAAGGCUGCAGUCGAGGCCCAGUCGCAGUGGGACGCCCUGCACAGCCAGCACUCGCCAAUGUUUGUUCACCCAAGCCAGCCGUGCAACCUGCAGUCACACCUCAUCCACCACAGCAUCCUCCACCACCAUUCUCAGCCCCUCUCUGCUCAGCAUGGCACAGACGUGGAUCACGCCUUUGACACACUCAGUCUGGAGAGCUCAGACAGCAUGGAGACUAGCAUAUCCACCGGCAACUCGGCCUGUUCCCCUGACAACAUGUCGAGGGAUACUGAGGACAAUGGAAGGAGCUCAGCUGAGCUGAGCGCCAGUGGCGUGGAUGUAUCCAAGAUCGAGGAGAUGGAAAAGAUGCUGAAGGAGGCACAAGCAGAGAAAGCUCGCCUUUUGGAGACAAGGGCUCGCGAGAUGGAAAUGCGUCGCCAGGCCUUUGAGGAAGAGCGCAAGAGGCGGGAAGAGCUGGAGAAGAGGCUUCAGGAAGAAACGGUCCAUCGGCAGCAGCUGGUUGACAAGGAGGUCAAGAUGCGGGAGAAACACUUCUCACAGGCACGACCUUUAACCCGGUAUCUACCAAUCAGGAAGGAAGAUUUUGAUUUGCGGUCACAUAUCGAGUCAUCUGGGCACAACCUGGAAACCUGCUACCAAAUUACCAUGUCUGAAAAGAUGUGUAAAGGCUACCUGACAAAAAUGGGCGGGAAAAUUAAAUCCUGGAGAAAACGUUGGUUCGUCUUUGAUCGCAUUAAGCGGACAUUGUCUUAUUACAUAGACAAACACGAAAGUAAGUUAAAGGGAGUGAUUUAUUUUCAAGCUAUUGAAGAGGUUUACUAUGACCAUCUCAGAAGUGCCUCAAAGAGCCCCAAUCCUGGCCUCACGUUUUGUGUGAAAACUCAUGACCGGCUUUACUUCAUGGUGGCUCCGACCCCAGAGGCAAUGCGGAUUUGGAUGGAUGUGAUUGUGACGGGUGCCGAAGGCUACACACAGUUCAUGAGCUGAGGAGAAGGGGAAGGUCCCCUCCUUGGGGUGGAGUGAGUUGGCGUCGUGCAGAGCUUCAUUGAGUCAACCUGCUCUGUCCAGCACUGCCUGUAUUGACUGACUUAACCCCCUGCCUUUCUUAUUUUCUCUCUCUCUCACUCCCUCUCACCCCCUCUCUCCCCCUAUUUCUCCUCCUCUCUCUACCCCCCUCUCCCCCUCCCCCUCUCCCCCUUCUCCCCCUCUCCCCCUUCUCCCCCUCUCCCCCAUCUUCCCUUUUCCUCCCUCUCUCUCUCCCCCUCUCUCUCUCCCUCUCUCCCUCCCUCUCCCUCUCCCUAUCUCCCCCCUUUCCCCCUCUCUCCCUCCCCCUCUCCCCCCUCUCCCACCCUCUUCCCCCUCCCUCCCCCCCUCUCUCUCCCCCUCACACUCUCUUGUCCUCUGCCUGAACAUUGUGGGCAGUAAGUAAAACCUGUCCACUUCGCCAUAUGCAGAGUGCAAGUAGGCAAUGCAACAUUUUCUAAUGCUUUUACCAGAAGUUGGCUUCAAACAAAUGAUAAGGAGAAGCAUCUACACUCAUAAUUGAAACAUAAAGGCUCCAAAGACUCCCAUCCAGUAUUGCAGUUUGAACAUUCUGACUUUUCAAGUGGAUGGUGAACGGAGACCAAAGGAAGACAAAAAGACACAAGAAAAGAGUAAUUUAUUCCCUGACCCGAAACGUCAGGCAGGCUUCAGAAGUGUCAAAUUCCCUUUGAUGACGUCGCCAUGGGGGACAGAUUGGUGCUGGUGCCAGCUUCAGGCAUGACCUGCGCCUACUCUCCCCCCCACCACCCCCACCCCCACUGAUUGGAAAUGUUCAGUGUUCAGUGACAGGCAAAAUAAAGGAACGUGAUCUCUUCCCAGCGAACGGCCACUGACUGCAGCGAUACUGGCAGCACCUACAGCCUGCAGACAAGGUGGAAAUUACGUGCCUUUGAAACUUCCGGUCCAGGGAUUCCAAGGACUUGUGUUGGCAUAAGCAGCAUUUCUUGGGAGUUGAAUCAGGGAUUGAAAUAUGUUUUAUUUUAUUAACUUUUGGUCUUGUUGUUGAACUACUCUGUUAAACAACGGCUGCAGCUGAGGUUGCCGUAAGCAAGACUUAUCUCAAUGCUAAGGGUAAUUUUUACAGUUUUUUAACUAUUAGAGGCCCAGUAUUGCUUUUUGCCUCCCAUACAUCCUGUGCCAUAGUUUGCUUAACACGUCAAUAACCGUACCCAGCUAUGCUUUCUUAAACUUUGCGUUUUAGCCAGUAUCAUACUACAGACAAGAAGAAAAGGGAAUUCCAUUUUGUGUCUCUUGAGGACUAUGUGUUAACAGUUUGAGAGAUUUGAUGAUUUCUCGGAAAAAGAGAGGCUAUGGGAGCUUCAUCCUUGCUUUUUUGACUAGACAUUGUGAUGGUUUAACUGUAUAACAUGUUGUAGGUCACUUGAAGGGUGGGUUUACCUGGUGGAGGAGCAGCAGCCCCUCUUUAACACUUCACAAACCAGGGAGAACAUAGUGUGUUGGUGCUUGAGUUGGCCGUUAUCAUUUUAAUGCGAUCGUCAGCCCUUCUUCACCUUUGGUUAGAGGAGGGUUUGGAUGGAGAUUGACUGAGGUUGUGUAAGCCACCUCUGUUUGGGUAGUCCACUGCCAUUUGAUAUGUAGUUUAACCACACAUACGGGAACAUCCUAGGAUCAUUUACCAGAAGGAAAGUUGUUCGUCAGACCAGUACCUGGUCCUAGUAUCCUCAUUACAAGGGGAAGGAAUGGAUCAAGCUGUUUCUCAUUGCUCUCCAGUAAUGCCUAUUGAAUUUGGAUUAAUAAAUUACAUUUAUAUGUUU